GCAGUCUUCUUCUCCCCGGUCACCGGUGUGCAGCUCGCGCCCGUCAGCCACACGGUUGUAAUAAUCGCUCCGCGGCCGUCGGACGCAGAGCACUAGUCAAUUCCGCCGCCGCCACUUAAUGUCGUUGUUUGUCACAUAACUUCCGUACGGAUGCCAUAUAGCUACGAACAAACACAUAUUUAUACAUCAUUAACCAGCGGUUAUAGCGAUCGCCCACAAUACAAAAAUACGUGCGAUCUAUACUAACGGGACGAUCGAUCGGUCGAUUUAAAAAUAACAAUCUUUAAAAUGGAAGGGUGGCGGCGUCUGAAGUUGAUGUGCGGUGUCUUGGUGUUAUUAUUCGCUGCGUGUUCGGCCCGGCCACAAGAUACCGCCGCCGUCGCAGCCACCGUCAAAGAAGUGCCGCAGAGACCUAUGACCUUGACCAAUGGCUACCAUCCAUCAUCAUUUCCGUUCAAUAAUGGCGAACCAUUCGUCGUUGAUCCCAACUCAGCUUCCAUUGAUUUCAACACUAGACCACCCCCAAGCGUGGCUCAAAGGUCCGAUGACUAUUAUGAUUACGAUGCUACAAAGUUAGAAGAAGUGCCGUUCGACUACAAAGGCGAUCCAAUUGACAGGAAGGACGUAGCAGGCCCAAGUCUGCUGCCUAGGCCCAAUGAUAUUGCACCCACUAAAAACAAGCAGACGGAUAUCUAUCAGUUCUUGAACCUACCCGUUAAGUACAGCUCUAGUGAUCGGUUUCCACUCAUGUCUAGCUCAUACGCCAACACAAAAAUCCAAGGGUCCGGGGGGUCGUCACCAUCGUCACCACUCAGCAAUCACAAGAUGCCAUCCACUUCAACUCAAACGCCAACCACAGUAACUUCACCCACCACUACUACUACAUCGUGGUACAAUACCAUCAAGUUGACUACCACCAGACCUACCACUGCCCCAACUCGCGCCCCGACGACUACCACCACUCCGGUCCCAGUUCCGCAGCAAGAGGAAUAUGAAUACGAUUACGAUUACCCUCACCCACAAGAACCGACGUCACACCAUGAUACCACUACCACACAAGCGGCUAUUAGUCCCACGACCACUACUUCCACCACCACCACUACCACCACCACCACCACCACGAAACCGACAACAGCCGUUCAUCUUAACAAUUCACCAAUACCGUCAGCGUCGUUCUUUAUUACUCCCGAACGGUCCACUGCUGCCACGACCGUAUCAUCGUCUUCAACCACAACAUCAUCAGCUCCGAUUACCUCGACGGUCGUCAACAGAACUACGGGAGCUGUACAGGUAACUACUGUCAGACCAGAAAUAGAUUCCAAACUAGACGGAACAUCAUUUGCUGAUUACGACGACACGAUUAAACCAGCGGAAAAACCACAUUCACAAGAGAUGUAUGGUCAACACUUCAAACCUUUAAACGAAAACUAUCAGUUUGGCGACAAACCGUAUCCAUUAAUCACUAACAGCAAAGUGCCUAUGACGUUCACCGCUCACGUAUCGUCUGGUAUAUCGUUGAACCAACCAAAAGAACACUUGUCGAGUAUCAAACCAUCCCCAGCACCGGUGUCGGAAGAAUCGGUAUACUCAUCUAGGCCUCUGCGCCCAGAAAAUAUAGUAGAUACAGUUAAAACGGAGGAAACUGCUGUAUAUGAAAAUUCGAGAGUGACGUUUAAUAACGGAAAGCUUGACCUUCCGAUAAGUUCAGAACUGGCACCGACAUAUUCAAAAUCUAAACCACCAAAAUCGAAUGGAACUCCUGAUCAGUUUGAGACAGCUUACUACAAAGUCAGACCAGAUAAUUAUAAUACACAACAGCUUCCCAGUACGGUUUCAAACCGACCUAUGAAUCCAUUAAUCCAAAGUCGCCCUUAUCAACCAGAGCCGCCUGUAAUAAAAUCUUCCCAGGACAUACCUAGAAAACCGGUGAAUACAGAACUUCAAAUGUCUCAAGGACGGCCGCCACCAUAUCCGGUACAACCGGAUGUGUAUGUCAAAAGUAAACCUCAAUACACUCCUCCUCAGAGCCAACCAGAUACAUCUAAGUUUAAACCUCCCAAACAUGUGAUAAACCAUUUCAUAAAAACUCAGCCGAACGAAGACAACAAAAGCUAUGCACUUCAAACUUCUUUUUCGAUUGGUAUGGAUGGAGAACGGACAGAUACGCGUCCAACACAAGGCAUCGGGCAAGUUUUAAUGGUUGAAGAUGGUUCUUCUGAAACUAUUGUUAACCAUACGAUACCGACAAAAACCAAAGCGACUACGUCAAUUCCACUCGUUCCUCCGCCAAGACCAAUUCAAAAACAACAACCGUAUCCACGGCCUCAAUGGGAGAACGUACCAAAACAACCAACAUAUUAUCCACCUCCGAAACGCGAUGGUGCCAUACCUCCACCACAAAGACCAAAUUUACCCAAUAUCUUACCUCAAUUCAGACCAAACGCCAGAGUUGAUACACCACCAACGGUACCUCAAUCGCACUCCGCGACCAUUGAAAGGGUUCAAAUUCCAAUAGAUCAUUUAAGACCUCCACCCCUUCCAAAACCUCAAUUUUUAAAAGUAGACAGAAAUGAUGAUAAUGUUGAUGAAGAAAUUCUAAAUAUACCAGAAAAAGAAACAAGAAUUUUGCAGAAACCCGGACCACAACCAGCUAAAGUGACUACUUUACAAAUGAUCCAACACGGAACUCCGACAAAAUUACGAGACGAUAACAAAGAAAAUCCUGUGCAUAUUAUUUAUGCGGCAAACACUCCAACAAAGCCAUCUGAAAAAAUAAUAGAUGAUUCCGUAAUACUAGAUGUAAAUGACAGAUCUGAUGUUCCAAUAUUAAAAACUAAAACUACUAUUAUCAAGCCUACAAAAAUGGACUUCCCAUACCAAAUCGUUAAACCGGAUGAAAAUCAAAACGGAUCUUCGUUGGAAUACAAUGCAUACAGUCCGACCAAAUUGGAUACAAUCAAACCAAGUAUUGAUCAAGAACUAGUACCAAACCUUCAAGAUUAUGUUCCAAUCGUAACUCGUGAUUCUACUUCGAACAUUGCGGUUUCACAAAAACCAAUUACAGCUACGUUAAAAACGUCAGAAGAUAAUCAUAAGACAGUUGAUGAAGGUCACAAACCACAAUUACAAAAUUUUCAAAUACCCUUCCAGCCAAGUUUAAAAUUACCUGAAAAUAAUAGUGGAUGGUCGGUUGUAAGAAAAUCACAAAUUGAUAACGCUUCAGAGAGAACAUAUGAAACUAGUGAUGUAGUUGGGUCUACAGAGAAGUUCGAUCCAGAUAAUUUUAAACCGCAAUUAGUUGGAGGUUUUAUGCCAAUAAGUCCUCCUUCAGAAGAUGCGAAAGAAAAAAAAACAGCUGAACAAUCUGAAAGGGCAAAAAGAUAUAUAACAGAUUAAAAUAAUAUUUUAUAUUUAUAACAUUUACAAAUCCGUUGCAAUAAAGUAUUGAAAAUACUCAAAUACAUGAAUUACAUAAAUAAACAUUUCAUAGACCCAUAACUAACAUAUUCUAAAAUGAUCACUCUGCAAGUGAAUAUUUAUUUAUUUAUUUAUGUAUAUAAUGUAUAGAUAAAAGUAGAUACAUAGACUAAAGUAAAAAUAUAAGA